AUGAUUAGAGAAGCAAGAAAAAAUAGACGCAUCACUAAUCCACAAUUGAACAAUGUCGCUGCUGACCCCUCCAAUAAUGACGCGAAUAAGAAUUGUAAACCAAUAGUGGGAGGCGCUCACUCAACUCUAACCAAGAAAAGAAAAAUAAGCACAACUUCUUUAUUGACCAAUAAAACUCGAGAUCCUUCACCUACUCUGCCUCAAUCUUCCACAACAAUAGCAAUGUUGACAAACAAAGCAAAUUUAAUCGAUAUUGAAUCGUGCAUAGAUAAUCCAAUAAUUGCGCCUUUGGGUGAUCAUGUAAGGACAUCGAGUUUCAAUUUCGACGAGAAACAUGUUUCUGCUACUACUUCACCUAUAAAUAGUAGAAGAAACAGCAGAAUUCCUUCAAUUGAUCUAUCUGGAUUGAAUCUUAAAAUUACCGAAUCACUAAGUACUACAUCAGAUUCUCAAUUAUCGUCGACAAAAGAAUCAGAGAACAAAAAAGCUGAGCCUAUUACUUCCUUAAUAUUACGAAGGCGACGUUUGACUACUGAUCAACUCGAGAAUCAACUUAAUAUCCUUUCAGCGACUACACCAAAAAUCAACACAACAUGUAAACUCGAUUUCCCAUCCCAGAUUUUUCAACUUGUCCAACUCGAUUUAUCGCGAAAUCAAUUAGCAGAUCUGCCAAAAAAUAUCGCUAGAUUCUGUCCAAAUUUACGGCAUCUUAAUCUUGCAAAUAAUGCGUUGACUUUUUUCCCGAUCGAGCUUUUGCAUUUUAUGCACCUGGAAUUUCUCGAUUUAUCACAAAAUCAGAUUACUGGCCCGAUGCCAAACCAACUUCCUCUUUGUUUGACAAAUUUGAAGACGUUGAAGCUCGGGUCAAAUCAAAUCACAGCUCUACCAUCCAGUUUAGGUGAAUUAAAGAAUUUACAAAGUUUGGUGAUGGGUUCAAUCUUUGGUGGCAACAAACUGGAAUCAUUCCCAUCAGGCUGCAUAUCAAAGAUGCCAAAUCUCGUGGAGUUGAUUCUGUCACAUAAUUCUCUGAGAAAUUUGCCCGAAGAUAUUGGCCACCCUGGUUCGCAAUUAGAAUAUUUCAGUGCGAUGGAUAAUAAACUUGAGUCGAUUCCGAAAUCUAUUGGACUCUGUACGCGAUUACGUUCAUUGAAUCUCUCACGGAACCAAAUUGCAUCGUUACCAGUGGAAAUUGCCGACCUUUUACAAUUAGAGACUUUGGAUUUAACACAUAAUUUGCUUUGUAUCAUCCCCGGUGAUAUUGCUGAAUUUUUAAAGAGAACAACAUUGUUGUUGACCGGCAAUCCAUUCACAAGAGGUGAUUGCGGUGUUUCAUCGCUACGUCGCGUAAUGAAUCAUAUACCGAUCUCUAAUGAUCUCGAAGAAUCUGAUCAAGAAAAUUUAAAUCCAAGUGAAGCAUAUUCAAAAGUUGUCUCAAUACUAACGAAACAAGCUAUAGCAACAACCACUAUCGAAUCGGAUAAUUUUGACGAUGAUGCAGGAUUAGAUUUUCAAUUGUACUACGCUCAAAAUUACUUCUCUUCUUUAUCUACUUCACCCACAUCUUUGAGUACACGAUCCUCUACGCCUGUGCCACACUUCAUCGAUCAUGAUCCAUUUCCAUUCCCAACAGGAAUACCUUCUCAAUUGUCAUCAAAAUCAUCAACACCAAGAUUACCAUCUAUCAAUGCUGUCGAAAGUACCGGUUGCAACACUCAAGCAUCUUCAAAACCAAAUUUCAUACCUUCCUUGAUGGAGCUAGCUGCUCGUAGUGUCCUAUUGAACGAGGCUUCUGUAGCUCCGGGAUCUUUACCACAAAGACUCUAUGAAUAUUUAAUUCAAGGUGGUAGACCAUGCUAUUUCUGUCAUAAGCCAUACGUUAAACAAUGGAUUAGUUCGGUGCAAGUGAAAGGAUAUUUGGGUCAUCCAGCAAUAUUACGCCGCAUUAGAAUCUGCAGCACUCAUUGUUGGAAUAUGUACCUGAAAACGUUGGAAUCGGGUAAACCAUGUGAAGCGGGAAAUUGCGAAUCAACCUGCAAGCAAGAUUGUGGCGUGGAUAAAGCAAGUUGGCGAGUGAAGUGCUGUAUCCUUGGAGAUGAUGAAGAGUAA